AUGGAGAAAGGACGCGGCAGAACUUCGGGGCGGGCGGAGGCUCUCUGCCUGAGCUCUCCAGAAGCUCCGUUCGCCCCAGAAGUUCUCUACCUAGAAGAGUCCCACCACUCGCCAGUUCAGUUCCUCGACUGCAACACUCUCUGCUCCUGCGUUGGGAGUGCACUUUCCCUGUGGGCGCUCGACAGCGGCCGGAGGCGUUUGCUCAGCUUUAGCGUAGAGGGAGAUAGAAGGCUGGAAAUCCUCGCUGAAGACGAGGGCAGCGAGACCUCGCCUGCGCAUCCAUCAAUUUCCGCACCUGCGCCGCCUGCCAGGAGGGUCACAGACCGGCCAAGCAGCGCAGCGACCGCGGCGGCGAUUGCGGCGGAAAAAAGCGGCGGGCGUGUGGCGGCGCCAGGGAAAUUGCCCUCGUCAGCGGCGCUCAGCAAAGACCUGAAACACAGAUUUCCCGGCGUAGAGCUGCGGGCCACCGAGGCGGCGCGCCCUAGAGGCCGUCAUCAGGCCACAGCCUCGCCGUAUCGAGACGCCCUAGAUCUCUUGCCUUGCCUUGCCACGUGCCCAUCUCGAGGCCUCGUAGCAUGCAGCGGGCGAGUGGCGCGGCGAAUGCCGCUUCCGAACGAGGAAGAACCGACGAACUGCGUCAAAACUUUCCUGCUGCGCAGAGUGACUCGAAAAGACAAGAACGACAAAAACGCGCCGCUAGACUUCUGCCCGCAGGUGACCGAGCUCCAGCCAGACGCGUCGCCGGCAGCGAUCGACGUCGUGGAUCUCGCGUUCAGCGCCUGCGGCACAAAGCUGUACAGACUCUCUAUCGCCCUCUCGCAAGCCCAAGGCGCCCGACGAGACUCUGGGCUCCUGGAUGAGGCCGCCAUCCUCGGCGCUCCCAGCCUCGUCGUGGAAACCUCCAGCGCCUUCUUGGCGUCGACCGCAGAGGCGGAAGAUGUCGGCAAACCCGAGUUUCGCGCCGCUGCGCACAUCACGGUAUUCGACUCGACAACGGGCGCUCUGCAGACGCGAACGAAGCUGCACAUCUCUGAUAUCUGUGAGUGCAAAAGGAAUGGAGGGCCUCCCACCGCGCAGGCCUGCGCGUGCCCUACAUUCUGCGAAGCAAACGUCGCCUCGGCUGUCGCAUUUCGAGGGUGA